AUGACCACUUUUGAAGUUGGACAAACACAAGGAACCGGCACCAACCUCUGCUUGAUCACUAGAAGUGUUCUCGCCAUCGGGAUUCCAGGUGGAAAUAUACGUAGCACAAAAAGCCACAAUGGUUUAAUAUCUACUUGUAUUGAUAGUUUUUCGGAAGAUCCAUGA